CAGCGCGAGUUCAACGCAAAUCUGCACUUCUGUUUGAACACUCCGACUGGCAGAAGGACAGAAAGGCUGAGACUGGGACACAUUGAACAUGGCCCUUAGAGUCUUGGUAACUGGUGCUGCAGGCCAGAUUGCAUAUUCCCUGUUGUACAGCAUUGCCAAGGGAGAUGUGUUUGGCAAAGAUCAGCCAAUUGCUUUACUCCUUCUGGACAUAACACCCAUGAUGCCAGUUCUUGAAGGAGUUGUCAUGGAGAUGCAGGACUGUGCUCUUCCUCUUCUGAAAGAAAUCACUGCGACUGACAAGGAAGAGGUGGCCUUCAAGGACUUGGAUGUAGCCAUCUUGGUUGGCUCCAUGCCUAGAAGAGAUGGCAUGGAAAGGAAAGACUUGCUCAAGGCUAAUGUGGCAAUUUUCAAGAGCCAAGGAGCUGCACUGGACAAGUAUGCCAAGAAGACAGUAAAGGUGCUGGUUGUGGGAAAUCCUGCCAACACAAACUGUCUCAUUGCAGCCAAGUCUGCACCCUCAAUCCCUAAACAGAACUUCUCCUGUCUCACCCGUUUGGACCACAACAGGGCUCGCUCUCAGGUGGCAAUGAAAUGUGGUGUUCCAGCCACUCAGGUGAAGAAUGUGAUUAUCUGGGGAAAUCAUUCUUCUACCCAAUACCCUGAUGUGCACCACUGUGUUGUCAACAUGUCUGGGAGUGAGGUGCCAUGUUUUGAUGCAGUUAAGGAUGAUGCUUGGCUCAAAGGAGAUUUUAUUACUACUGUGCAGCAGAGAGGUGCCGCUGUCAUCAAGGCCAGGAAGCUGUCCAGUGCCAUGUCUGCAGCGAAGGCCAUCUGUGACCACAUGAGGGAGCUGUGGUCAGGGACUCCUCAGGGUGAGUUUACAUCAGUGGGUAUUUACUCCACUGGAAAUUCUUAUGGCGUUCCAGACGAUCUUGUCUAUUCAUUCCCUGUCCAUAUUAAGGACAAGACUUGGAAUAUUGUUGAUGGCCUGGCUAUCAAUGAUUUUUCUCGGGCAAAGAUGGAGGCAACGGCAAAAGAACUGAUGGAAGAAAGAGAUACCGCUGUGGAGUUUCUGGGUGUAUGACUACAAUCUGCAAGUCCACCUGAAAAGUACUUAAACAGUAAAGCACCAGAUGCACGACUGUGAUGUACACUCCAAUACCUGCGUAACUUUUUAUGUGUUCACCACUGUGGGCAUUAUAGGUGGUAAUGUGUUUCAGGAUUAAUCUGGAUACACAUUACAUUUCAGAUUUGAUUUUAUCCUAAACGUUAAAUUAGUAUUUUCUGUUGUUACCAUUGUAAAAGCACCUUUCCAAACACUGUUACAAGUUGAAUAAAAAAACUCAAGUUGAGACAAGAC